CGGAGUUAACUCCCUUGACUUUAUUCUUGUUUUAAAAGAGGCGAGUUUACUCUUAAUGACGUCACAUUGCUGAACAACCAUCAACCUGUGAACAUGGCUUAUGUGCUGAAAGAAGCCGCAAAAAAGAGUGCUCGUUUAUCGAGCUUGGCUCAACAAUGUCGUCUGUUUCAUGCCAGCCCUGCAUCUUCUGCUGCGGCACAGGUGUUGAUGAGUCGCAUGGAACAGAACUACAUUGAUUAUGAUAAAAUGGAAAGUAAACUAAAUGUUGUGAAGAACAGAUUAGGCAGACCACUUACUCUUUCGGAAAAGAUUGUCUACAGUCACUUGGAGGACCCUAAAAAUCAGGAUAUUAAAAGAGGUGAAAGCUAUUUGAGACUGAGGCCUGAUCGUGUUGCUAUGCAAGAUGCCACUGCUCAGAUGGCUAUGUUACAGUUUAUUUCUAGUGGUUUACCUAAAGUAGCUGUACCAUCAACUAUUCAUUGUGAUCAUUUAAUUGAGGCUCAAGUUGGUGGUGAGAAAGAUUUAUCAAGAGCAAAGGAUUUGAAUAAAGAGGUCUAUGAUUUCUUGGCGUCUGCAGGAGCCAAGUAUGGUGUUGGAUUUUGGAAACCCGGAAGUGGAAUCAUUCAUCAAAUUGUUCUCGAAAACUACGCUUUCCCAGGUGUUUUGUUGAUAGGAACUGACAGUCAUACACCUAAUGGAGGUGGUCUAGGUGGAGUUUGUAUUGGUGUUGGUGGAGCUGAUGCUGUAGAUGUAAUGGCUGAUAUUCCUUGGGAGUUAAAAUGUCCUAAGGUUAUAGGUGUUAAAUUAACUGGUAAAUUAAGUGGUUGGACAUCACCUAAAGAUGUCAUAUUAAAAGUAGCAGGUAUUUUAACUGUUAAAGGUGGUACCGGUGCUAUUGUAGAAUAUUUUGGACCAGGUGUUGAUUCUAUCUCUUGUACAGGUAUGGGAACAAUCUGUAAUAUGGGUGCUGAGAUUGGAGCAACAACAUCAGUAUUUCCUUACAAUCAUAGAAUGCAGGAUUAUCUUAAAGCUACAAGUAGAGCUGAUAUUGCUGAUCUAGCCAAUAAUUAUAAGGGUAUAUUAACUGCCGAUCCUAAUGCUCAGUAUGAUCAAGUUAUAGAGAUUGAUCUUGAUACACUUGAGCCACAUGUUAAUGGACCUUUUACUCCUGAUUUAGCUCAUCCUGUAUCACAACUUGGAAAGGUUGCUCAAGAGAAAGGAUGGCCAGCAGAAAUCAAAGUUGGUUUAAUUGGUAGUUGUACUAACAGUAGUUAUGAAGAUAUGUCUAGAUCAGCAAGUAUAGCUAGACAAGCUUUAAAACAUGGUUUAAAAUCUAAAGCAGCUUUUACCAUUACACCUGGUUCAGAACAGAUUCGUGCUACAAUUGAACGUGAUGGACAGGCAGCAGCAUUAAGAGAUAUUGGUGGUGUUGUAUUAGCUAAUGCUUGUGGUCCAUGUAUCGGUCAAUGGGAUAGAAAAGAUGUAAAGAAAGGAGAAAAGAAUACUAUUGUUACAUCUUAUAAUCGUAAUUUCACUGGUAGAAAUGAUGCCAACCCAGCUACGCAUGCUUUCGUUACUUCACCUGAAUUAGUAACAGCUAUGGCUAUUGCUGGUGAUUUAGGUUUUGAUCCAAGAAGAGAUGAAUUAAAGGGAACUGAUGGUACAAAGUUUAAAUUAGAAUCACCAUAUGGUGAUGAAUUACCUGCUAAAGGAUUUGAUCCUGGUCAGGAUACAUACCAACCUCCUCCAUCAGAUGGUUCCAAUCUUAAAGUUCAUGUUUCACCUGAUUCACAGAGAUUGCAACUUCUAUCACCCUUCGAUAAAUGGGAUGGCAAAGAUCUUACAGAUAUGGUCAUUUUAAUUAAGGCUAAAGGUAAAUGUACCACAGAUCAUAUCAGUGCUGCUGGUCAGUGGUUGAAAUAUAGAGGACAUUUAGAUAAUAUCUCUAAUAACUUAUUGAUUGGUGCUGUAAAUGCUGAAAAUGGUGAGAUUAAUAAAGUCAAACAUCAAAUUACCGGUGAAUAUGAUGGAGUCCCUGAUACAGCCAGAAAAUACAAGGCUGAGAAAAUCCCCUGGGUUGUUAUUGGUGAUGAGAACUAUGGUGAAGGUAGUAGUCGUGAACAUGCUGCAUUAGAACCUAGACAUCUUGGUGGAAGAGCUAUCAUCGUUAAAUCAUUUGCCCGAAUUCAUGAAACUAAUUUAAAGAAACAAGGUCUACUUCCUCUUACCUUCGCCAACCCUUCAGAUUAUGAUAAGAUUCAACCGUCUGAUAGAAUCUCUUUAUUAGGAUUAGCAGACCUUGCACCUGGAAAGCCAGUACAAUGUGAAGUAAAACACAAAGAUGGUUCCGUAGAUAAAAUAGAAUUAAAACAAACAAUGAAUGAAGGCCAGAUUGCAUGGUUCCGAGCUGGUAGUGCAUUAAAUAGAAUGGCUGAGUUAAAGAAGUAAAUACAACGUAAUGUGAUAUUAGUUCAUGCUUAGUCAUAAUAACAAAAGAUAUUUAAACCAUCAGGGACAAGUUACUAAAUGAAAUAAAACAAUAAACUCCCAGCUUUAUGUACAUUUCAACAUAUUUUAUUAUGUAAGUCCGAAAGUAUUUUUUUUUUUUUUUCAAGUCCGAAAGAAGAUUUUAUGUAUGAGAAUAAGAAAUUUUAUUAUUUUAAAUGUGUAUAAAUUGUUAUGUUUUAACUCAGAAGUUUUAUAUUUACUAAAAGUGUAGAAUAUAGAAACUUUCAUUUUAUGUUCUUAGAUUGUGUGUGUGAUAUUAAAAUAUACAACCAGUUGAUUUUAUCUAUUAUUGUACAUAAAUUUUUAAAAUCAUAAAAAUAAAAUUGAAGAGAGAAGU